AUGCAGCGCGAUCGAUUGAGCGCCGCGUUCCCGGAGUGCUUUCGGUGCCACAUCACAGCCAAGCCGACCGAGCUCACUGUGACCAGCGAGAUUACAUUUGGUGUUGUUUCUGCCCUGGUCGUCAACACCGUCUCGACUACCAUCGCCGACUACCACGCUGAUGCGUCGCACGCGAAGCUUCUGUGGGACCCGGAAGGACCAUAG